UGCCCCACCCGAUCCGCCCCCUGCUGAGUCUGAGGCCCGCCCCGCCACGCCGCCCGCCAUGUCUCAGAUGUUGCACAUCGAGAUCCCCAACUUCGGGAACACAGUCCUCGGCUGCCUCAACGAGCAGCGUCUCCUGGGCCUCUACUGCGAUGUGUCCAUUGUGGUCAAGGGCCAGGCCUUCAAGGCCCACCGGGCCGUCCUGGCCGCCAGCAGUCUCUACUUCCGUGACCUGUUCAGCGGCAACAGCAAGAGUGCGUUCGAGCUGCCCGGCACGGUGCCGCCGGCCUGCUUCCAGCAGAUCCUGUCCUUCUGCUACACGGGCAAGCUCACCAUGGCAGCCAGCGAGCAGCUCGUGGUCAUGUACACGGCGGGCUUCCUGCAGAUCCAGCACAUUGUGGAGCGGGGCACAGACCUCAUGUUCAAGGUGAGCUCGCCCCACUGUGACUCCCAGACUGCCAUGAUUGAGGAUGCCAGCUCCGAGCCCCAGAGCCCCUGCACCCAGCCACAGCCAGCCGCCACCGCUGCCGCCUACAUCUCAUCCCCGUCCGUGCCCAUCCCGCUGCUGACCCGGGUCAAGCAUGAAGCCAUGGAGCUGCCUCCGGCUACGGGCCCAGGCCUGGCUCCCAAGCGCCCACUGGAGACAGGGCCCCGGGACGGCGUGCCCAUGGCUCUGGGGGCCACAGGGGCGGCUGGCACGGCCCCUCUCAAGCUGCCCCGAGUCUCGUAUUACGGGGUGCCCAGCCUGGCCACCCUGGUCCCCAGCAUCCAGCAGGUGCCCUACCCCCAGGGGGAGCGGACCAGUCCGGGGGCCAGCAGCCUGCCCACCACCGACAGCCCCACCUCCUACCACAAUGAGGAGGACGAGGAGGACGACGAGGCCUAUGACACCAUGGUGGAGGAGCAGUACGGCCAGAUGUACAUCAAGGCCACGGGCAGCUAUGCAGUCCAAGAGAAGCCAGAGCCCGUACCGCUGGAGAGCCGCUCAUGCGUCCUCAUCCGCCGUGACCUGGUGGCCCUGCCUGCCAGCCUCAUCAGCCAGAUCGGGUACCGCUGUCAUCCCAAGCUCUACUCGGAGGGCGAUCCCGGAGAGAAGCUGGAGCUUGUGGCAGGCUCUGGUGUCUACAUCACACGGGGCCAGCUCAUGAACUGCCACCUCUGCGCAGGGGUGAAGCACAAGGUCUUGCUGCGGCGGCUGCUGGCCACUUUCUUUGACAGGAACACGCUGGCCAACAGCUGUGGCACAGGCAUCCGCUCGUCCACCAGUGACCCAAGCCGUAAGCCGCUGGACAGCCGAGUCCUAAAUGCUGUGAAACUGUACUGUCAGAACUUCGCCCCCAGCUUCAAGGAGAGCGAGAUGAAUGUGAUUGCCGCGGACAUGUGCACCAACGCCCGCCGCGUCCGCAAGCGCUGGCUGCCCAAGAUCAAGUCCAUGCUGCCCGAGGGCGUGGAGAUGUACCGCACCGUCAUGGGCGCCUCGGCCGCCGGCCUGCCCCUCGACCCCGAGUUCCCGCCCGCUGCCGCGCAGGUGUUUGAGCAGCGCAUCUACGCCGAGCGCAGGAGCGACGCCGCCACCAUUGUGGCUCUGAGAACGGACGCGGUGAACGUGGAUCUCAGCGCCACCGCCAGCUCCGCCUUCGAGGCCAGCGAGGAGGCCGAGGGGGCUGGCUCGGUCAUCCAGGAGGUGGCCGCCCCAGAGCCGCUGGCCACCACUGGCCAGAGCCCCUCACAGCCCUUCGAGCAGGGCAGUGCCAGCUCCAGCAGGCCCCAGACGCCGGCAGCCGUGGCGACAAGACGGCCGGAGGGCACCUACGCAGGGACUUUGUAAGGGGCUGGGGUGACCAGCCUGCGAGGGACCUAGUACUAAAGCUGCUUGCAUGCGUUACUAAUACAAACCAAUGUGAUCAAGCCACUUACCUACUGAACUGCUACUGCUGCCUGACAGAAAUGUGAUUUUAUUCUGCCUGUAUUUAAAAUGGAUGAAGGAAA